AUGCAAGGUGCUUCUACCACCCCCAUCCUGCUUAUUCUUCCCACCCUCCUAUUCUUCUCCUACUUGCCCAGCAUGGCCAGCGGAGACUGCUGGCUCAUUGAGGGGGACAAAGGCUACGUGUGGCUGGCUAUCUGCAGUCAGAACCAGCCGCCCUACGAGACCAUCCCGCAGCACAUCAACAACACGGUUCACGACUUGAGAUUGAAUGAGAACAAGCUGAAAGCUGUUCUCUUUAGCUCCAUGUACCGCUUCACCAAUCUGACUGACCUCAACCUGACCAAAAAUGAAAUCAGCUACAUUGAGGAUGGAACCUUCGCAGGACAAGCUAACCUACAGGUUUUACAGUUGGGCUACAACAAGUUGACAAACUUAACUGAGGGUAUGAUGAGAGGCCUGGGCCGCAUGCAAUGCCUCUUCCUCCAGCACAACCUCAUUGAGGUCAUUUCCAGCAAUGCAUUCUGGGAGUGCCCUAGCCUAAGCAGCAUUGACCUGUCGUCCAACAAGCUUGCCCGCAUUGAUCCAUCCACUUUCACUGUUCUAACGCGCCUAAUGGUGUGUGAGCUGGCAGCAAAUCCAUUCCACUGUGGAUGCGAUCUCUACAGCUUCCUGACCUGGUUGGAAUCCUUCAACAACGUCACACACACCUAUGACCGUCUCCAGUGCGAGACACCGAGAGAGAUGUUUGGCUACCCGCUACUUAGUCCUAUAGCUGCUGGCCAUGCUGGUCGAAAUGCCAAAAACAUAUUGUACCAUCACUGCCGGGAUGGAGUUAUGAUUCCAGGGAUGACCUCUCUCCCACCAGAUAUGGAUGGUUCUUCCGGGAUGGGGCCAGAGAUGUUUGGUGGCGCCGGGCCGUACAACCAGCCCACCACCUCUUCAUCAUCUACUGAACUCAGUGUUCCCAGUAUCAAGCUCCAUCAUGUCUCUUUGUCCUCAGCUUCUCUCCUUGUGCAGAUUCCAAGGCCCUACAGCAAAAUGUAUAUUCUGACCCAAUACAACCAAACAUUUGUGUCUGAUGUCAUGAAUUUGAAGAACAAGAAGGAGAUGAUUACCCUCAACAAGCUCAAGCCGCACAACAAUUACACAUUUUGUGUAGGAUCCAUUCGCAACUCUCAACGUUAUAACCACACCUGCCUCCAGUUUUCCACUCGGGCUCAAAAUCAAGACGACAUGCUCCCCACACCUUCCACCACCUCUCACUACAUAAUGACUAUUGUGGGCUGCCUUUUUGGCAUGCUCAUUAUUUUAGGCAUUGUCUACUAUUGUCUGCGUAAGAAGCGGAUGCAUGAUGAGAAGAAGAAGUCGAUCUGUGUCAAGAAAACAAUACUGGAAAUGCGCUAUGGACCCGAGGUGGCAGCAGCAGUGGGAAACGAUCCAUCGGCAGUCCAUAAGCUCCAGGAGCAGUCCAGAGAACAUCACCAGUAUCAGCAUCACCAUGGUGGCAAACUUCCCAUGUCCACAUCCUCCAGCUCAGGAAUGCUCCACUCAGCCAACACCAGUUCCUCCAGACUUUCCUGUAUCCCACAAGUGGAGAAGAUGGCCACUGCCUUUUCAGAGGCCAUGGCUACAAGUAAAGGAAACUACAUGGAUGUCAGAACUGGAGGGAUAGGAGAUGGUGGGCAUGGAGGGAUGAGGGGCGAAGACUUGAGGGAUGAUGAUGGAACUGAUGUUGGGGAUGACUCCGAUGAUGACGGCCAUGGCUCUGCAUCAGAGAUAUCCACCAUUGCGAUGGAGGUAGACAAGGUUAACCAGAUUAUCAACAACUGCAUUGAUGCACUGAAAUUAGACGCAGCAGUUGCUGCUUCUGGGGCCUCUUCUAACCCUUCAACCUGCUCCAAUCCCACCUCUCCUCCCCCUACUAGUUCAUCCGCCCUUACUCGUGGCUUAAUCCCACUCUCCCAAGGGGUUACAGAGACUUGCCAAGUCAUAGGUCCUAACAAAAUACCCCCACCACCUCCACUACCUUCCUUGAAUGCCCCUCUCUCUGAGCGCCCAGGGAUCAGUGGUGGUGGCUUUGUCAUCAGUCCCCCCUACAGGCCCCCUCCUCCAGCCACUGCUGUACGUCCAAUUCAGCGACAGAUGAGUGCAGAUGCAGCUGUGGUUAUUGUAAAUUCUGUCAAGAAACAGUGCAGCACCACCUCCUGUAGUUCCAUGGGUCGGGACAGAGACCGCGGAGGAGCGAGGGUGUACAGCCUGGAUGUUCCUGAACCUCGGAGUCCAGAUGCAUGUAAUCAACAACAGCAGCAGUACCCAGACCGGGCCAGUCCCUUGGGAUGUGGGGAGCCCCUAGAGCGGCUGCCUUUAGUGGGGAGUGCGAGCUGUGGUGGAGGGGGUGGUGGUGGUUGCGACAGUGGUGGUGUUGGUGCCCAUCAUCAGGACAGUCAAAAGCUGCACCAUUACCAUCAACAGCAGCAAAUGCAACAGCAGCAAAUGCAACAGCAGCAGCAGCAGCAGCAGCAGCAGCAGCUGGAGGUGCAGCAGGACUACCACUGUUCGGAGCACCGCCACUCUGUCCCAGCUCUCUACUAUGAAGGCUCCCACCAGGGCUCCCCAGCUCAGAAGGUUUCAUUCCUCAAGCCUCUGACGCGUUCAAGGAGGGAUGCAGCAUCUUACUCCCAGCUCUCGCCUGCCCGCAACCAUUCCAGUUACUCUGGCUAUUCCUCCAGCCCAGAGUACUCCUCAGAGAGCUCACUGCGGAUCUGGGAGCGCUUCCGUCCCUACCGGAAAGGCCAGCGUGAUGAGGCCUGUUAUGUGACAGCCGGAAAUGCCCUUCGAAAAAAGGUGCAGUUCGCCAAAGGCGAGGACCUGCAUGACAUCCUUGAUUAUUGGAAAGGUGUGUCAGCACAGCAGAAGCUGUGA